AUGCGAAGUGAAAACACUCUCGAGCCAAAUGCAAGGCCCAAAAGAAGCACUUUCCUAUCACAGGCAUCGACUCUAUCAGGGCCAAUCUCCCUCCCUAUCCUCUUCGGGAUGUGUCUUACCUCCUUGAAUGUUCUUGCAAAUCAAACUGUCUCGGUUAUUUCGGAAGUUUCAGGGGAGACUCUCCAGAAACAGGUCCCCCUGCACGAAGUUUCCUUCUGGAAUUCAGUUCUCUCCGCGAUGUUCGCAGGAGCUUUCGCCUUUUCUCUCGGACUCUUUUCGAUGGGUCUCCUCAAAAAGACCCCGCACGCGCAUUUUAAGGGGAUUUUUUCUGUUUCAUCACUCCUUAUCCUUCUGACGAACCUAAUCUGCGGAUUCUUCACGAAUAUUCCCCUCCUUUUCAUCGCUAGGUUCUUCAUGGGAGCAGGAACAGGAGCUGCCUGCGCCCUCGGACCCGUCUACUACAUCGCUCUUUUAGGCCCAAAAAAUGGCUCAAAAAUUGCUACCCUUCAGGGCCUAUUCAUAAACCUGGGGAUCCUCUUCGAGAGAAGACUCUCUAACUCCGACUUUUUCAGCGGGAAUUCCCGGAUCUUUUUCUUCAUCUCCGGAGCCUCCCUCCUCGCACUUUUGAUGAACAUUUUCUGGACAAAAAAUCUUGCAGGAGAAAGCCCGAAUAACCCAGGAGAAAUAGAAAUUAUCCGCGCAACAGAAAGUGGAGUCCCUGCAGAGAAAGUCUCCGAAGAUGAAAAUGCAAAAUUCUUCAUUGGAGUCUGCCUUUUCAUGCAUAUAGUCCAGCAACUAACAGGAAUCAACCCCAUUCUCUCGAACGUAUUUAUCCUCUUCACAGAGAAUAUAAAAGACCAGACAGGCCCAGCAAAGGCUUUUUUCGACGUAUCUGGAGCCCUCGGAACGGGAAUCUCCUGCUUUAUCAUGUUCUUUAGAGUCGCCUGGUUUAAGCAUAUGGUUCUUACUUCGGGACUUCUCGCGUGUGGGUCCUUCCUAGCGAUGAUCCAGGCGGGACCUGUAGCUUCCUGCUGGGGAGCUGCUUUCUACCUUUUCUUCUUUGCUGUGGGAUUGGCUUCUCUUCCCUGGAUGCUUCCUUCUAUGAUUCUGCGGGGGGAGAGAAACGUCGCAAUUGCUGCUGGAUUGGGCUCUCUUGCGAACUCUCUUUUUGCGUCUGUGUAUUCUUUCUUCUACAUAGAGGCUUAUCGUCGGGUUGGUAACGCUGUCUUUGGAGUUUUUGCUCUUUUCUGCCUGAUUGAGGCAGUUGCUGGGUUCUUCCUCGUGCGGAGGUCGGACAGACUGCAGAGGAACGAAGUACGCGCUGCUCUGUGCGCGGAGGGAGUCCCUUUGAAGGAUUUGCAGGCGCCUGAGGAGAAAAUGUCCUGA